AUGGAAUUCUCGUUUGAGAAAUUUAAGAUGCCUCACCUAGAGACGUACUCAGGCGAGGGAGAUCCUUCGGAGCAUGUUAAAAAUUAUUUUGAUAUAAUGAGCAUGCUUCAAGUAUCCGAAGCAGUUCUAUAUCGAUGCUUCCCUAUCACUCUCAAAGGAAGUGCUAAGCUCUGGUGUAAAUGCUCUGGAGAAGAGAUCCAUCAACAGUUUUCAACGGGGGAAACCCCUUUCAGGCUAACGUAUGGAGCUGAAGCAGUAAUGCCAAUUGAAGUGGGCAUGCCGACUAUUUGGUUGCAGCACUUCAACAAAGACCUGAAUUCACUAGGCCUCCGGGUCAGCCUCGACCUUCUUGAAGAAACAAGGGAGAAAGCACUUCGUACUCAGGUCAUUAAUCAACAACGGAUCGCUCAACAUUACAAUAAGAAGAUUCGACCCAGAAGGUUCAUGGCUGGGGACCUUAUCCUCCGAAAAGUGACAUUCGAUAAAGAUACUUGGCAAGGUAAGCUGGCUCCAAAUUGGGAAGGACCUUAUACGGUUACGGUAGAGCUAAGAGCCGGCACUUAUCGGCUGAGAGGUCCAGAUGGGUGA